CACGAAUUAAUUGUGAUCCUUUGCACUUGCGUCUACGGCACCUACCCUAGAAUUCAAGAGUUUGAGGUGCUGGCGGCGAAGGCAAGGACUCGAGACGAUUGAGCGCCCAAGCUCCAAUUGUUUGCCGUCGUUUUACCGUCGGCGCAUCCACUGGCACCGGGAAAUUAGCCAAUCAACCAAUGCGAACCACGACACCUUUGGCCUCAGCAGCAGCCUUUCUAGGUUCUCAUCCAUCCCAUCCCUAAAUCUUCGUCCCGCCCGCAACUCCGCAACCCCGGUACCGCAGCGGCUCGUUCAAUGAUGAGACUCCGGUGAUCCAAGUCCCAUUCUGCGCUCCGUGUAUUUUUAAGUUUGCAUGUUUUGGAUACCCUUUGUGAUUCCCACGUCUCUUUGUCCUCAUGACUUCAGACAAAAUGCCGUUGAUCUUGGACAACCCCAUGCCGGUAGAUCUCAACGAUGUCGACGACCUGUUUGGUGACGGUGUCGGACUGUCACUUCCCGUGAGAUCUCAGAGCAAGCAGCUUCAUCAGAGGAUGGACGAGCUGAGAAGCCGCGGGUGUUGCCAAACAGUGGCUUGGUCGAGGACAGGAACAAUCGCGUCCGUUACUCCGGAUGGAUUGACCGUGGAGCUUCGCUACCUUCAGCGAAAUCCUGACAAUGGCUCUUGGGACCUCAGCGAGCCGACCCCAUGCGAUCUUGUCAAUGGCUCACCCACGAUUCCCAUCGUCCACCUGGCAUGGGCUGGGACUAGUGUUCCAGACCUGGCUGUUAUUGAUGCCAUAGGCCGAGUUACCAUCCUCAGCUGUUCGAUAUCCCUCAACCAUCCCCAUCUUCAGCGAAAAUGGGACGCAGAUUCCAUUGACGAUAUGCACGGCAUCAUGGGCGCUUACUGGCUCAGCAUCGCACCGUCCAACCAGCAGUCGUACAAUGUCAUGUAUGGGCCGGCCAACAAGCAUGGUAACAAUUAUGCCUACGAAAGCUCGUUCGUGCACGCUGCAGGGCCCGUUCACCCGAACCCGUCCAAAAGUGCUCUAUUCACCGUGACUUCAAAUGGAACGCUCAGGAUGUUCUGGUCUCAAGUUAAUAACAGAAUUGAAGAGACCACUAUAGAGCUCGAGAGCGUCAACUCAUCAGAUGAUCAGGUUACUCACGCCACUUUCGCCUCGGAGAAGAAGUUCUUGAUACUUGCUCUCGCUACCACUUCCAAACAGCUGAGCCUGGUCAAAAUCGAUAUCCAAUGGGGCGUGCCAAGUCAGUCUGACAAAACCAACACUCAACAAGCCAAAAUCCUCAAUCCAUCUCUCGCUGAGAAGCACUUGGCAGCUACAAGUUGGCUACAGGGUGGAGCAAGUGACGCAAGCCACGAUGCGUACAUGGCCGAGCUCUCUCAUUUGGAGGUUCUUCCGUCUUUGGUAGAUAAUACCGGUAAGAAUACAGUCCCUCCAAUGGUCGUGGCAAUCAGGUCCCGUGCCCCAAGCGACGGGUCCUACCAGACGGCGCAGAGUAUUCUUGAUCGCUGGGAAGCUGUGGAACAGCGGCAAAACUUGCAUCCUGCUUUCGAACAAUUGGGAAAUCGUCGCAACAGCAUUUCUUCCGAGGUACCCAAUGGCAUGCAACUUCGCAAAAUCGAUCCCAUCAUUAUUAAUAAGGUCGUUAUUGGGUUUCACAGUAUCAAUUUCGGGAAGGUUUUAGUAUUGGCUUUCGCCGAUGGGUCGGUAGAGCAUCGGGACCGGUUUACAUUCGAGGAGCUAUAUACUACGGAAGACACAACCAAGGUGAUGAGUCUUCGACAAGUUGGCUGGACUUUCGCGGAUGAGGGGCCAUGCCAACAGGUUGCAUUCUCCCCUACCUACUCCUCCAUGAUUCAGAUGGGCGAUGAUGGGAAAGUGAGGUGGAACAAGUUACACUACCCUUUGGGCGAUAUUGGGAAUUCGAACCAUGAUGCACAUUAUUCUGCUAGCAUUGCUGGCUUGACUGUGGCGAUAGCUCCAUCAAUGUUCUACCAAAACAACUAUGACGACAUGCUUGCUAUUGCGCGGCCUUAUACGACGAAGAAAAGGUUUACCCAGGAUUGGGUCACCGAGCUUAUUCGGAUUCUCAAAAUUCAGGUCGAUUAUUCGGAGGACACGCAUCAUGAUUCGCUUGUGAGGAAUGGUUCCCUGCAGUCGUGCUUGAGCAUUAUGAAUGCCUUGGGGUUCCGAGGAGACUUCAAUCCUCGGUCCUUUCAGGGCAAAUUCUCGAUGCUGUCUCUCAACGUCCGAAAUGUGGUUGUUCUGAUCACUAUAGCGAGCAAUACACCAUUGACUGUCAGGGAGAAGUUGAGCCCACUGGAUGAACCCGGUAAGUCACACCAGGCAAGGCUCCAGAGACGAUGCUUAUCAUACCAUAUAGAGGUUGUAGAAACCCUCGCCGGCUGUGCUAGAUGGUCCCUGGACCUACUUGCAUGGUUGAUCGAUUGUCUCUUUGAGCUGAUGAACGACGACAAGUUCAUGGAGCUCUUGGUACCACAACGUUUUGCCGAAAUCGCUCCUUACUUGCAUGAGCAGAACAAUAUCGCUCUUCACUUCUUACUGAGCUCCUCCACUCGAGGCUUCCUGUCCGCGGUAUGUCGUCGUCUAGGGCACCUAGAGGCCCUCAGUACCAGGGCCAUCGAAUUCUACAGGAGGCAAUCAGCGGCUGCAGAUCAAUCGACAUCUGGGAAGGCAGCCCCUCAGCUUCAACAGGCGUACCAGAAAAUGCAGCAUGUUACGUCUUCGGGUCUAGUGAAGGUGACCGAGUUCGAAAAGCUAUUGACAGUUCUUGGCGGCGACAUUCGACAGACCUAUCAAACGGUCCUCCCGUCGCUCGUCAAGAGUCAGCAAGCGGCGUUGCAAGGGAAACAGAUUGAUAUGGCGGUCAAGUCGACACGAGUCCAAUUCGAGUUGGCAUUGCUCCUAUCUGCAUCGCCUUCUCCUCCGUUCCUCCAGAUCAUGAACAAGUUCUUCAAUAAGGACCUCCGAGCAUUCCGAACCCUUACCGAUCCGGCGAAGUUGUUCUUUGCAAACUACGACCUUCUCGAAGCACAAGACGAUAAGCGCAGCCUGGCGGCAAAAAAGGCAAGAGGCAUGAUGUACGUGGACGUGUUCAAGCGACUGGAGAUCAAGCCGGGCCCGAACCAGCAGUGGCGCAGGUGCGCGCGAUGCGCGGGGGUUAUGGAGGAUGUGUUUGUGAGCCGCCCCGGGUUCUCGUUUGUUCUAGCCCAGCAGCGAAAGUGUGCGUGUAGCGGACUUUGGACGUUGUUGCCAAGGGGUAAGCUGUUGUCUUGAGGGCAUACAUCUAUAUAGGCGUCGGGGUGGGAUCGCAGUGUGUGUUUUGAACUAGGCGUUAUAUAUAUAGUCUGUGUGGGUAGGGGAUGUUCAGAGUGUUUUCUCAAACACUCAGCGUUGACAGUUUUUAUAUAAAGUAUUCCUCA